AUGGUUCUAUACGCUACCACACAGCCAAUUGGAUCAGUUAUUUGCUUUAGUUAUGCAGUCCUUUAUGUGUUUGUUCUAUAUUUUCCUUCAACAGAUGUAAAUCUUGUACAGAGAAAUACACCGAUUAUGAUUAAACGUCGAAUAAAAGCUGUUUUAUAUUUGUGUAUUAUUUGUGGUUUCUCAACAGUAUGGCUUACACGGCCAUCAUAUAUAAAGCAUUUUCCACAUGCCUUUUUUAUUUUAGGAAUUUGGCCAUGUAAAGGACGAGAUGUUUUACGGUCUCUGACUUUAGUCUUCUGCUUAUUUUUGGGGCCUUUUGUGAAACGAAUUGGACUUACACGUAGACUUCCUAGAUCUUUUUCGUCUAGAAUAUCAUUAACACAUGCUGAUCGCAAUACCCGACGUUGGAUCAGAUGGAGAAAUUAUGUAGUUGGUCCAUUUACUGAAGAAUUUGUAUUUCGAUCAUGUAUGAUUCCUCUAUUGCGUCAAAUGUCGACAUCAAACACAAUUAUAGUUGCUUCUUUGUUAUUUGGAAUAGCACAUAUACAUCAUUUCUAUGAAUAUAGCCGUUCAUAUCCUGGUUACAUUAAAACUGGACUCUUGACGUAUCUUUUUCAAUUUUUUUAUACUACAAUAUUUGGAGGAUUUACUUCAUAUCUGUAUUUAUACAAUCAAAAUCUUUGGUCAAUUGUAGCAGUGCAUAUUUUUUGUAAUUGGAUAGAAUUUCCACAGUUGUAUGGAUUAGUUGAUAACUCUAAAUUUAAAACGGUAAUUUAUUAUAUAAUGUUAUGGCUUGGAUUUAUUGGAUUUAUCAUUUUUUUCAAGCCACUGACACAGCCUUUCUGA